AGCGAGGCAGGGGGCAUUAAUCCAGUGGAAAGCCGGGAAGGGCAUUCCAGGCGGGCGCCUCAGGCUGUGUCAGGCCGGCGGGGCAGCUGCAGCAGGCCCGGCUGGGCCUGGAUCUGGCCCUCUCGUGUAAGACUUUCAACAGGCACAACUGGAGACUGUAGGAAGACACAUGCCAAAGUGAGUCUCAAUCCCCUGAGACACCUGCAAGAGGUAGAACACUGCAUGGCAAAGCAGCACUUGCCACAGGCACACCACUGGGUUCCUCUGGCAAGACUCUUCAGCAGCUUGCGGGGAAGAGUUUUAUCCCAGUCAGACAGCUGUGCCUCAAAGUAUCAGGUUUUGCGUAAGGCUAAGACAUCUAUCCAGAAGCUGGAGCAAACCUUGUGUUCUUUGCUGAAGAUGAAAGCGAGCUGCAGUCUGGAGGAUGGGAGCCCAUCCAGCUUGGAGGAAGUCAGGGAGGAAUAUGUCAGGAGGCAAUUCGGCAGUCAGAGCACUACAUCAGCCUCAGAAGAUAUGAGUGAAAGUGACUCUGCCAUCUGGUAUUUGCUCCAAGAAUGUGAAAAACAAACACUUGAAGAAUAUGGGAAGCCAGAAUUGAUCCAGUUUUCAGACACUUUAUCCCCAGAUCUAGUGGAAUUUGAACGAUACCUGUAUUUUUAUAAGCACACAGUGGACCUGCUGAUAGAGCAUGGAAUUGUUUGCACUGGAGAGGUCCCUCUUCCUGAGGUCUCCACAGCUAUUUCCCAUCUCUGGCAAGAGCUUUCUGAAGAGAGCAGGGACAGCAUCUUGCAGUACUGUAGCCAGAGAGAUUUCCUCAUGGAUCCCAAGGCUGCUUGCCCAGAGCCUGCUUGCACUGAAGGUAGUGUGAGGGACAGCGGAGGUAACAGUGAGGAAGCCAGUGGUUCCUCAGUCUCCACACCAGAGGAAGUGAUGUUUGAAGAUGCAUUUGAUGUUGCUGCUGGUUUCCUUGACAGAAGCAAGGCUCAGGGAAUGUCCAGCCAGAGUUCAGCAUUUGCAAUCUGCACUUCUGAAAAUCCUGAGGAUCACCAAAGACUCUAUCUGCAGGUCACUGACUUCCUAAAACACCUCUUCUUCACUAAUACACAGUUUUGCCAGGAAGAAGAUCUUCACUAUGAUCAUGAGACUGUGAUGCUGCGGUGCACUGAGACCUUUGAUGAUGAAGAUUUCUAAACAGUGUCUCCACUAAUGUUUUGCCAAGCACUGUCAGGUACACCAGGUACACAGGAGGAGGCUUCACCUCUUUCAGUGAGCUACCUCUCUAAGCAGAGUGUGGAGACACUGUGUUGAAAUGGUUUGUUACCAUUGACUUCUCCUUCCCUCAUUAGUACUUCUUGAUAUAUCAGUUGAGUAAUUUAUACUUUUUAAAGGUUUUAAAGGUCUUAGCUAUUUAUUAAUAAAUGUUUUUACCUAUUGCUAUUUAAUAUUUUGCCUUGCUUCACAAAGAAACCGAGGCAUGUACAGUUAAGUGACCUUGCCUAGCAUAAGGUGUGGGAAGAGCAGCAGGGAGGCCAGAUAAGUGGCAAUCUGCACACUCCCACAGGAUGCAGGUCUCAAACUGCAACCUGCAAAAGUCACCCCCUGACAGUGAUUACUUUUCUGGUGCAAUUUUUCAUCUUGGGCUCACAAGGAAAGAGGGAUUUCCUCACAGAGAGUGGAAUGAGGCUCUUCUCUUUAUGAGGACAGUGAGCACCUACAGCAGUGAGCACCCACUCCCCAGUCACCUAAAAAAGUGCAGGCACAGUAAUACACUUCGGAUUAUUUACUUUUGUAAAGCCGAGUGACCAGCCCUGUGCUCUUCUUCCACAUCUAAUGCUUGGACGAGUAGUGCUGCUCAGACAGUGUCUUGGAAUUAAAAGUGCUGUGAAAUUGAAUAAAGUCCUUCACAUCUCUGAGUUAUCAUUAAAGGCUCUCUGCAGACUUGAA